AUGGUCGCAGAAACAAAACUUUACGAUGCUUUAGGCAUUCAGCCUUCUGCCAACCAGCAAGAAAUCAAAAAGGCAUACCGUACCAUGGCACUUAAACACCAUCCCGAUAAAAACAAAGAUAAACCCGACUCAGCAGAGAUGUUCAAAGUAGUCUCCCAAGCCUAUGAGAUACUAUCGGAUCCCGAAAAACGCAAAACAUACGAUCAAUACGGUCUAGAAUUUAUGCUCCGAGGCGGUCCCCCACCACCAGAACCCAAUGCCAGUGGAGGCGGAAACCCAUAUGCGGGAGCAGGAGGCAUGCCAGCUGGAUUUGAGGGAUUCAAUUCAUCGGGUGGUGGCAUGCCCAGGAGCAAGACUUUCCACUACGACUUCAGCAGUGCAGGCGGACCAGGUGGUGGAGGCUUCAAUUUCAGCAAUCCGGAUACGAUAUUUAGUGAAUUCUUCAGGGGACAGGCAUCGGGUGGUAAUCCGGAGGGAAUGGAAGAUUUCUUCAGUAAUAUGGCGGGUGGUGGAGGUAUGCCGCGACCUAGUCCUGGGGGAGCUGGAAAUGGUCGAUCGAGGACGGCUCGAUCUCAAUUUCAGGGUGCGGAACCGGCGAGACAGAGGGCGGAAACACCCGAGGUGACGACGGUGGAGAAGCCGUUGGCGUUGAGUUUGGAGGAGUUGUUUAAUGGUUGCCAUAAGAAGAUGAAGAUUAAGAGGAAGACAUUUGAUCCGGAAACCGGCAAGCGACAAACUACCGAUCGCAUUUUGGAAAUGGAUAUUAAGCCCGGAUUGAAGAAGGGGAGUAAGAUUAAGUUCAAGGGGGUGGGUGAUCAGGAGGAGGGUGGGCAGCAGGAUUUACAUUUUGUUAUUGAAGAGAAAAAACACCCCUACCUAACCCGAGACGGAGAUGAUCUCAUCAUGACCGUUGAUCUCGAUCUUAAAGAAGCCCUCACAGGAUGGAAACGCACCGUCACAACCAUCGAUGGUAAAAAUAUCUCACUCGAUAAAGGUGGACCCACUCAACCCGGUUCCUCGGAUUCCUAUCCGGAUUUGGGCAUGCCAUUGAGCAAGAAACCGGAUGCGAGAGGAAACUUUAUCGUCAAGUAUAAUGUGAAGUUUCCGACUAGUUUAUCGGUGGAGCAGAAGAAGGUUUUGAAGGAGAUUUUGUAG